AUGUUUGAUCAGGCCACGACUAUGGGCGAUGGGAACCACCGCUGUGGACCCAACCCGCUGUGUCCGGACAGGAUGGAAACAAAGUGCCGCGCCGACAUAGGGAGCCGGUCCCCGGUCCAGAGCUCCACCGACACCCCGGGGACAUCAGCGUCCACCCCGACGUCCUCCAGCGAAGACGGACACGACAAACUUUUGGGAGUGGACCCUGACUACUGUCGGAGGAUAUUAGUAAGGGACGCCAAAGGCACCAUCCGGGAGAUCGUCCUGCCGAAGGGCCUCGACCUGGACCGGCCCAAGCGCACGCGGACCUCCUUCACGGCCGAGCAGCUGUACCGGCUCGAGCUCGAGUUCCAGCGGUGCCAGUACGUGGUGGGGCGCGAGCGCACCGAGCUGGCCCGGCAGCUGAACCUCUCCGAAACACAGGUCAAGGUCUGGUUCCAAAACCGCCGGACCAAACAGAAGAAGGACACCACCAAGGAUUCAGACAAGCGCUCCUCCACCUCGUCCGAGUCUUUGGCCACCUGUAACAUCCUGCGCCUCCUGGAGCAGGGCCGCCUCCUGUCGGGCCCCGCCCCGCCACCCAACUCCCUCCUGGGGCCUCCGACUCACCCGGCGAACGGCUCCCUGCUGAGCAGCCCUGGUGGAGGCUCCUCCACCUCCCCGGGGAUCAGCAGCAGCACUCCUCCCAGCUCCCUACCAGGCGGGACAUUCGGGCUUUCGCUGCCGUCGCUGGGCGGCGCCCCGCCUUCCCCGCGGCUGGGCGUCCCACCGCCGCACUCCCUCUGCUUCUCCAUGCCGCUGCUGGGGGGCGCUCAUCACGAACUGACGUCCACCUACGGCUGCGGCUCCUCAGCUUUUGAGCCGUACAUGCGGCUGGACAGGAAGGAUUCAGAUCUGGGUGGGAAGAAGACAGUUUCUUAA